GCCCUACCCACUCCGCCAUUAGGGGCCACGGCUGUCAAUCACUGAGUCCCGGCCGGUAAAUCCCCGCCGGCGCCCGGUAAUUACCGAGCAUCUUCGAUGGAGAGGAGGACUCUUUGUUUACUAACAGUCCUCCUCCCUGUCCGCUCGGGUACACUGCUCUGGAUGGCUAGCAGUGUGAUUAAAGUAAAGCCCAAACACACCGCCCCCUAUGUAAAACACUCCCUGCACACAACUAACCCUUUGAUUGCCCCUCAUGUUAACCCCUUCUUGCCCAGUGCCAUUAGUACAGUGUUAGUGCUUUAUUUUAGCACUGAUCACUGUAUUGGUGUCACUGGGGAUGUCAGUGACACCAAGUCAGUUCCCCUCAGUGUCUGAACGUCUGCCGCAGUCCAGCUAUAAGUUGCUG